AGUCUUUGUGCAGGCUAGAGCUCUUGACAGUGAACAAUAAAACAUAUGCUAGCAGCUAUAAAAUACUGCUUUGGGAAAAAAAUGGUCUAUUUUUAUGCAGAAGGCAUUUCGAAUCUAUGAGAUUUCUAUGUUUUAGAAAGCCGUAAUCAUCCAGAUUCUAUGGAUUGUAAUUAGAUGCUGUGCAUAGGAAGAGUGCAUGGAUUGGGGAAAAGCAGUGUGAGCAGACACAUGUGACAGCACUGCAGCUAUGAGUGGGAUUCUGAAGAGGAAAUUUGAAGAAGUCGAUGGAUCUUCACCUUGUUCUUCUAUCCAGGAAUCAGAUGAAGACAUAUCCGGUAGUGAAAGUGGGGACAGUUUUGACAGUGUCAAUCCUUCGAGCUCAAGUCAUGUCACACCAUCAUCCAUUCUAAAGCGAGAGAAGAGGCUGAGAGCCAAGAAUGUGCGCUUCAACUGUGUCACAGUGUAUUAUUUCACCAGGCGACAAGGCUUCACCAGUGUACCCAGUCAAGGCGGAAGUACCUUGGGGAUGUCCAGCCGUCACAACAGUAUACGUCAGUACACUCUGGGAGAGUUUGCUCUAGAGCAAGACCGGCUGCAUAAGGAAAUGUUGAGAGAUCAUCUGCGAGAAGAAAAACUCAACUCUCUGAAACAGAAGAUUACAAAGAAUGGCACAAUAGAGUCUGAUGAAGCCAACAUUCUCACACUGGAUGAUAUUUCAGAUGAUGACAUUGACUUGGAUAACACAGAAGUAGAUGAAUAUUUCUUUCUACAACCUCUGCCAACAAAGAAACGGCGAGCCUUGUUGCGGGCAUCGGGGGUGAAGAAGAUUGAUGUGGAAGAGAAACAUGAGCUGCGAGCAAUCCGGCUGUCCAGAGAAGACUGUGGCUGUGACUGCAGAAUAUUUUGUGACCCGGAAACUUGCACAUGCAGCCUUGCAGGCAUCAAAUGUCAGGUGGAUCGUAUGUCUUUUCCAUGUGGAUGUUCUAAAGAAGGAUGUAGCAAUACCGCUGGCCGAAUUGAGUUUAACCCAAUCCGAGUACGGACACAUUUUUUGCACACAAUCAUGAAGCUUGAACUAGAAAAAAAUAGAGAACAACAGCUCUCUGCAGCUAAUGGUUGCCCUGCAGAAGUUGGUACACUUGCCAAUUCAAUGGUCCAGUCAGGCCACCCCAUAGAGUAUUCGGUUGCUGAGAACUUUGCGGUUGAAAGUGACCCUCAGACUGCCAUGAUGCACUUUCAGAAUUCUGAUGAGUUGGACUGUAGUGGUGAAGAAGAGGAGGAGGAAGAGGAUGAUGAGGAGGAAGAUGGAAGCAGCUACUGCAGUGAAGCAACGGAUUCCAGCACUCAAAGUUUAGCGCCAAGCGAGUCAGAAGAAAAUGACGCUGAGGACGAUGACGAAGACUGUGACAAAUCAGAUGACUUUAAUGAUGCAAUUGUACCCCAUGAUGACAAUCUACCUGUAUCUUCAGUCUUCUGCUAUUCUGAUGCCAAUGCUUUGCAUGAAAACCAUUUAAAAAAUUCUCCAUAUUAUACUAACCCCUCAACCCUGUACUAUCAAAUAGACAAUAAUAAUUCUGCUGCCACAAGCCAGCUCACAGAGGUCUACUCAGAUCGGGACUCGCUGAAAAAUGGGGCUACAAAUAUGGUGCCUUACAACAUGAGACCAGAGCAGUACAAGUAUGUUGACUAUUCAAGCCAGUCGGUUGAAGAAUACACCAAUAGUCAUUAUACAUCAUCAAGUCCCUCAGUGAUAGUUUGCCGAGCAGCUUCAGAAAACGACAAUGGUCACUGCAAUCCUUUGUACGCUGAACAUCGGUCAAGUCUCCCACCAGUAGGGUUCUGCUCAUAUUUAAAAAGCCCUUCAUCUGAAGGAUAUGUAUCAAAUUUAAAUGGUAAUGGUCACCAUGUACCUGACCUUAAUGAUAAUGCCAUAGCACUCUCCGAGACAAAUAAACUUCAUGAGGAUUGCAUGAAAUCCCCGGUAGUGGAGACUGUUCCAGUUUAACGGUGUAUAAAUGAAAUGAAAAACGUCUUGGAUUUUUUUUCCUCCAAUACGAUUUACUGAUUUCCUACAAAACUGAAGUCAACACCAAGGAAAUGGAGAUGAACACGUUAUUGUCCUAGUCUUACUCGACUUUGAGAUUUAUGUUUUUAUGUUAACAUAAUGACCAUGGCAAUGCACAACAACACUGUUUAACAAUGUAUAAAAAAAAGUAUCUAAACAGAUUUGUUUAUUAGGAAAUGUUAAUUUUAAAUAUGUUAAUCUUUAUAUAUUUCAGAAAUGGCCUUCUAUCAAAAAGGUAACAUCUGCCAAACCAACACAAUCAAUCUUUGUAAAGCUGAUUUACGGGUCUGUGCAAGAUUGCUCAGCUCUGAUUCUUUUGCAACCUGUGGAUUUCUGAUUGGUUGAAUUGCAAGUAAGAGCACCUGUCAUUUGGGGAUUUUUUUAUGCCACCAGAAAUGUCACAGGUUGCUAAGCUUGUCUUAAAUAUUGAUAUCUCAAAUUUAGAGAAAAAGACUUAAUGUGAUUUUGUGUUUAAAAUAUUAUGGGUACUUGUGAUUUAUUAUUUAUGAAAGUUCUGUGAAAUUGUUUAGUGUAUUUUUUUUCUAUUUAUAUUGACAAAUAGACGCAUGUUCAUAAAAAAAAAAGUAAAAUACGUCACAGCAUAUCACGACACGCCCUUACAGAAUUGGAACUGUGCUAUGCAGAAGCGCUUAACUGGUGGUAGGAUUGAAGUAAAGGAUACCCAAUAAUAAUUGGAUUUAAACAUUAAAAUUGUUGGUUCGUA